AUGAUGUAUGAAGAAAUGGCUUCUAUGACUGACGACAUUCCACGCCGCUGCUCGCUCCCCUCUUUGAAAUCAACCACCACCAUGACCGCCUCCAAUAUGGGCGAGGACCGCCGCCUGCCUCCUCUUCCGCGUAUGGAGCCAUUGCCCCGCGGGCCUUUCAACCCUUUCCAAGCCAAGGACGCAUAUUCUCCGACCACCCCCGGCCCCCAGGACUCCUUUCAGUUCAAGUCCCCUUGGUCUGCGGCCGGUGAAAACAUUGCUGCGCCGCCGUCUCCAGCCAACUCGGCCGAGAGCUCGUGGCAGGAGUCCUUCGCGGCUCAGAAGGCCGUCUCCACAGAAUGGCCCACUGAUCUCUCCCAGCCUGAGAUCAUGGCUUUGAUUGCGCCCCAGAACAUCAACCGGAAAGCCCCCCUUCAGCAGCUCUGUGGACGUAAGCGUAAGGGGAGCACCAUUUCUCCUGACCCUGAUGACCAGCGAGAGAAGCACCGAAUCGCAGAGGGCAACCGCCGCAAGAACCUUAGCCAGCUCCACCGUGAACUGGAUAGCCGUAUUCACGACUUCUUCCUGGAGCGUGCUGGUUGGAACCCUUCCAAGAGUCUGCCACAGUCCAAGGAGCACAUUGUCCAGGGUGCCGUCUACCUCAUCGACUUUAUGCUGGCCAUCAUCGUACACCUUAUCCGUCAGGAACAAGUCACACCCCAACUCUCCGAGAAGCUCCAGCCCCAAGUUCGGUGUAUGCAAUUGCAGCAGCUGGUCGCCUCUCUCCAGCAACAAAACCAAACUGUCCAGCAGCAGCUCCGAGCCGCUAAGUCUGAGAACGAGCUGCUGGCGGAUCGCAACCGCGCCCUUGAGUUUCAGCUCAAGUCAUACGAGCAGAUGUUCCGAUCUCCGAAGAUUGAGAACACUAGCCCACGUCCUCUCGUCGAUGUCCCCGAGCACAAGCGCCAAAAGAAGGGACUACCUGGUAUGCGAGUCUUGUGUGAUGAGGUUGGCGCCUCUGCUCCUGAGACUCAUCUGCAUCACGACGGCCUCUCGAGCGCCACCUCACAAACCUUCGGCGUCUCAUACCUCACAUCAACACCCCCGAUGACGGGUCCUUCCUCGCCCGCGUUUCCUCCAUCCCAAUCGUCGUCGUUCACCUUCACAGCCUCGCGUCGCCAGUCUCUGCUGGCCUCCCCAUGA